AUGAGUAAAGUUUUUAUUAGUCGACCAGAAGGUAAUGUUGCUUGGGGUUUUCGACUUCAAGGUGGUUUUGAAUAUAAUGAACCAUUAACAAUAACCAAUAUUGUGCCGAAUUCUCCGGCUGAUGGUAAGAUUGAUCCGGAUGAUAUGCUAAUAGAAAUUGCCGGAAAUAAUGUGACACAAAUGACACAUAAAGAUGCUCUUGAACUCAUUCAACGUUGUGGCAAUGCUCUUUUUCUUACCGUACAGAAACCGGGUUAUUCAAAUCCACCUGAUACAAUUCAGACAGAGGGAUUAGCUGACCAACAACAACAACAACCAUCGUAUAGUUAUGAUUCAUCAUCCACACCUUGGAAUAAUGUAAGUUCGAUGCCUAUGGAAAAUACUCCACAAACGCCGACAUAUAAUGCUAAUUUAAUGACGAAGAAAAAAAAACCUUUUUUAAUAAAACAUCAAUCAUUGAAUGAAACUUAUCCUUCAUAUCAAGAAACAACAGAUGCUUCAAAUCUUUCUCCGAUUCUUGCUAAAUAUCUUAGUCGCCCUGGUGGUCCAAAACCAUUUACAUACAUACCAGGAGGUGUUGAUUUAUCUAAAAUGCGUGAAUCAUCUCGUACCAGACGUUAUCGUGACUAUAGAUCAAUAAGUGAAGAAGAACCAAUAAUCGAUCCAACUAUGAAUCGACGAAUGAUUGUACCGUCUGAUCAAUUCAAUCAACAUCAUUACACAACUAUUAAUCCAAUUCAACCUUUUAGUUAUUCUCGUCAACAACCAACAUCACCAAAAAAAAAUAUACAACAUGAUACUGACGUAAUAACACAAUCUCGUUCAUUUCAAAUGCUUCAAGGAUGGAUUUCGGAUAGUGAAAAAACUGUACCUACUGCAAUACCAUCACCACUAUCACAAUCUACAACAAAUAGAUCAGCAGUUGAUCAGGCUAUUCAUGAUCAACAAAAUAAAGCAAAUCGUCGUCAUUCAAGUUCAGGUGGUGUAUCAACACUUCCAUCACGAACAUUUCGUUAUCUUCAAGAACAAUAUAGUGUUGAUAAUGAUGAUAUUAUGACAGUACCAAAAAAACCUAUUGAAGAACCGAUAAUAUCAAAAAAUGGUACUGGUCUUCGACGAGGUAGUGAUGCUCAUAAUCCAUCUCGUGCAUUUAAAUUUUUACAAGAACAAUAUGAUAUAUCUCAAGAACUAUCAAUAAAUCAAUCUGGAACAGUUAAUAAUCGAGAUGAUCUUUUAGAAAUUUAUAAUAAACCACCACCAAGUUUUCGUGAACAUGAACCUGAAGCACCACAUUAUAAAGGUUCAACAGUUCCAUCACGUGCAUUUCGUUUUCUUCAAAUGAUGACACAAGAAGAUGAUAAUGAACAAAAUAAUUCGAAGCCUAAUAAUAAUUAUACAAAAUCUCAACAAUUAUUAAAUAAAUAUGAUGAACAUAGUGUUUCAGCACAUACAAAUCGAUUAAAUGAACAUCCAUCACGUUCAUUCAAAUAUUUACAAGAAUUAACGGGUGAACAUCCUUCAACUUCAGAUCAUACGGGUAUUUUCGAAAAAAUUAAUUUUUUAAUCUUAAAAUAA